AUUUUCUUGCUUGUCAGAACAUAGAUAUUCUCCAGUAAAGGGAUAGCUUGUGGUUCAUGAGGAGAUUAUGAAAUUUAAUUGAAAUGAUACUAAUGUCUGCUGCAUUUGUAUAAGCACCUUGUAGUUGAAGUACUCAUUCAUGUCCAUAAAUUGAAACAAAAUGCAAAUUGGCAACUUGUAUAAAAGUCAAAAUUGCUAUAUUUGAUGAUCUGCCCAAUUUCUGUAAUGCAAGAACAGUGUUAAACAAUCUCCUGAACAUGGAGCAAGGAAAGGCCAACGACAAAAUACUCAGCUACAAUGACGUUGUUCUGAGGCGGUCAGAUCUUGAUAUUCUAAGUGGCCCCUAUUUUCUCAAUGAUCGCAUAAUCGAAUUCUACUUUAGCUACCUCACAUCCUGCUAUACGUCCGAGGACAUCCUCAUGGUGCCACCUUCAAUUGCUUUCUGGAUAAAAGAGUGCCCGGACAGUGCAAGCCUCAAAGAUUUCGUAGAGCCCCUUCAUCUGUCUACAAGAAAGUUGAUAAUAUUCCCAAUCAACGACAACGAAGAUGUGACUAGGGCAGAAGGUGGGAGUCAUUGGAGCUUACUCGCAUUUGAGAGACAAACCAAUGCCUUUGUGCAUCAUGACAGCGGCCAAGCAGGCUUCAAUAAUGCAGAUGCUAAGAGGGUGUACAAAGCUGUAGUUUCGUAUACAGCAUCUGGAGCCACUUAUGUGGACUGCCCGAGUUCCCCAAAGCAAGUGAACGGAUAUGAUUGUGGCCUGUAUGUCACAGCCAUUUCAAGAUCAAUCUGUGCCUGGUACGUCAGCGAGGCACCAAAGGAUAUGCAGGACUUGUGGUUUUCGACAAUCAAAGAGCAAGUGACUCCGUUGCUUGUGUCUAACAUGCGACGUGAAAUCCUUGAUCUUGUGCGGAGCCUUAUGGGUAAGUGAUGAAAGCUGUGCUGGGAAUGGAUGCCAGUGUUAUGCAACACUUAGUUUUUAUGUUGUAAAACUAAGAAUCACCCUUUAAAUUAUGAAG